CUUUAUCGAAUGAUACCACUGGACCGGGCCUCAGCCGCACCUUGGAGAACGGCCAGGAUCCCAUGGGAGAUGUUACCCAAUCCGAACUCUUCGGUUAGGUGCUAAGCAAGCAAGGCUUGGGUACUUGCUGCUGAUCUAGCAGCAUCUGGGUUCAACACGCAUAGCCCCCAUCCAGAAAGUCCAUGUACAUGCAGGCCAGACCUCCCUCCAACGCGCACGCCACAUUGAGCAAACAUGAUAUCCCGCUGGCCGCAGAAAAUGGUUCCGUCUGGCUGUCUUUGCUUCUUUCCGUCCUUUUGAUGCCUCGUAAUUGAGGAUGGUGAACAAUUGAUUGUGACGCCAUUGUAACAAGUAUCGCCAUCAUGAAGUCAACAUUUCUUGUGGCGGCCAUCACGGCCAGCCUACCUUUAUCUUUAGGCCAGACCACUACGGCCGAGACAACAAACGGCCAAUCGUCAAUUACUUCGGUAGCGACCGGGUCGAGUUCUUCAACUACACAUGCGCCUACGACGUACACCGUGUCUGUCGGCCGAAACCACGACUACAGCCCAGAUACGGUAACUGCACUCCCGGGCGAUACUGUCAAAUUCGUGUUCUGGCCAACAAAUCAUUCCGUGGUUAGGGCACAUUAUUUAGACCCGUGCAUUCCUUACGACUAUGUAAUUGAAAAUGGCGACACUUUCUUCAGUGGCCCGAAGGUGUCUACUAUUGAUGCUGAGCGACCAGAAUGGCUACUGCCAAUCAACGAUACCGAACCAUAUUUCUUUUACUGCUCGGCACCAGGAAGCUGUAUCAAUGCUCACAUGGUUGGAGUUAUUAACCCAAACGAUACCAUGACACUGGAUGCGCAAAAGGCGGCCCUGGCGGAUGUGAAGUUCCAACUUUCCCCCGGAGAAGAGUUCCCCGCCGAGUAUACACCGUCCACCUCGGCAGGUUCCAGUCCCACUUCCACAUCGACUGGAUCUAGCUCAACGUCCACAGGCUCAAAUGAGUCUGGAUCUGGAGGUACGCAUCUUUCCGGUGGCGCGAUCGCCGGAAUCGCAAUUGGAGCCGCGGCGGUCUUGAUAAUUGCCAUUGCUCUCAUCUGGUUCUGUGGCCGCAAGGGAGGCAUCGAGAAGGGAUACCGCAAAAGCACGGUGGGGAAUCCAACAGCACCGGCAAUGGUCGAGGCCAACUACGGGCAUCAACCUCCAACAAGCCCUCCUCCGCCUACCUAUAGGGACUCUCCGUACGGGCAACACUCGGAAGCAUACAGGAGCACAUCCCCUGCACAAUGGUCGCAAACCGGCAGCCCGCAUAACUCCUAUGCAGGCUACCCAAGCCCUGGUUUUGCCAGUCCCUGGUCAGAUGCUCAUGGCGCGAAAACUGAACCACAGAAGGAAGUGCAGCCCGCGCCAGUGGAGUUGGUGGGAGACCACAGUCACCCUGGUUCACCACCCCCGGGCCGGCAUGAAUUCCCAGCUUAAAGUAGCUAAGCAAUACGAAAAUUGCACGAGUCAGAGGCAGCAUAGGGUUGGCGUUACAUAAAUUCUUGAUGUAAUUUUUUUUCGACAUGUUUGACAAGGUCUUAUCUGUUAUAGCUAGCAGUCUGUUUUUCCAAAUGAUAUCCACGCGAAACUGCGGGUCUUCAAGCGCCAUGAAAGAACAUCAGGAAUGACUUCCUCAGGAAACGAUCGGAAGUUUUCUUGUUCUAAUUAUAUUUAUAAAUUUUGUCUUGCAUAUGCUUCGAGGAA